AUGUCUGCUGCAGAAGUUCUAGUGACUCAUCCGCAAGUUGCGCAAUGCAUUCCCGAAGAGGAACUGCCUUGCAAACCUUACUGCAUGAUCCGGAAUGAAGGACUGCAUUCCUCUGCUGGCUUGCCCACUGCAGGGUUCAGGACAGCCAAGUACAUCCCCGAGGAAUGGGCGCAGAACAACUAUGCCAAGUAUUACCAGGCUUUCGCCGACCGGGACACGGCGGAAAACGUGCAAAACGAGUCCAAGACCUUGAUGUCAGAGAGGGAGAGGCUGACCCAGGACACCCAAGCCACCUCCACCAAGAAGAUAGGCGAGAGGCUGCAGGACAUCUUCUUCUGGAAGUCGGAGCUGAAGAGGGAAAUCGAGGACCUGCUGGCCGAGACGGAACUUCUGCUCCAGCAGAAGAGACGCCUGGAGAUUGCCUUGGACGCGGUCGAGAUCGCCAUGUUCGUCUCGACCGAUAACCUGCAAAACAGGGAAAGGCGCCAAGGCCCCGACCUGGUCAAAGACAGGGUGGAAGAUGAGCUGCUCAAGGAAGUUGAUCUAAUUCGAAAUGUACAAGGAGUUUUGAAGAGAACUUUGGAUGAGGUCAUUAAGCAGAUUAGGAGGAACAGAGAUGCUAAGGAAGUCCUGGAAAUGGAUUGGUCAGACAAGUAUGAGGCCUAUAAAAUUGAUGUCAAAGCCGGAGGUCUCAAUAACCAGAGCACAAACAUUCAGUUCCAUCCAAACUCUGCCAAGUUCGAGGACAACUCUUCAACUCCAGAGUCUUGGGCUCAGUUCACCCAUUGUAACAUUUACAAAGCUGAACAGGAGCGAAUGGCUUCCAUUAACCUUCGUGCUUUGGUUGACAAUGUGCUGCUCGAGACCUCACAAGAUCUGCGUUGUCAGUACGAUCGAGUCAAUGCUGCUUUUAACCAGCGUCUGGAAGAACUCAAUGAUGCAAAAGCUAAGCUGGAAUAUCAUCUGAGAAGGAUACUUGAGCAGAUUGCAGACCAGGAGAAAAACAUUGCCCAUCUAAAACAGGCCAUAAAGGAUAAAGAGGCUCCACUGAAGGUAGCCCAAACCAGACUGUACGAGAGGACAUACAGGCCCAAUGUGGAGCUCACCAGGGACCCUGCUCAAUUUAACUUGAUAUGUGAGGUCAGUGAAAUCCAGGAGUCCAUCUCACUCCUGCAGGAGAAACUCAGAGAAGCCCAGAUAUCUCUGGAGAACAUGGAAAACACUCGGAUGACUCUCGAGAAGGAAAUAGCAAUAAAAGUAAAUAGUAUAUUUAUUGAUAGUGAAAAAUGCCUGAAGCACCGUGAACGAUACCCAAGCAUUAUUAGACUGUCGGGUUAUCAAUAAACAAAAUCAAAACACACACUUAAUAUGCAAAUGUAUUAUUUAUGAGCAAUAAUGCUUGGAUUUUUCAGAGAUUUAAAUCUAAUGUUGCACUAAGGUGAUUUCUUAGAUGUUGUGCAUUUAGGUAAAAGCAGAACUGAAAAUCUCAUUCCAUUUAAACAAAUUAAGAGAAAUGACCACUAAAUUACCAUGACCCUGAUGGACAUGUACAACUUCCUAACUGUCAGGAGGCAUGAUCUGCAACAGAAACAUUUUCUAUGUUAUCACGGUCUUCU